AUGAGUAUGACCACCGUGCAACUAUCGCUGUUAAUCGCACUGAUUAUCAUAGGAGCAACAUCUCCGGCGCCUGUCAAGAACAAAAUCACGCUAGAACUUGACAUUUUUGAGCAGCCUCCAAGGAGAAUUGAAAUUGUUCCGUCCACUGAGAUUUCUGGUGGCAACAAUUACGCAGUAAAGGCGAGUUCCAGACACACUCACAUUAUUGGAGAUGUCAGGGACGGAGAUGAGAUCAUUGUCUCCGGGGAGUCAGAUGCUGUGAGUAGAUACGUUUUUGUUCUGGUAAAUAUGGAAAAUACAAAAUACGUCCGAGUAAUGACCAAAAGAAGAGGUAAGAGGAUUACCCUGUCCAGGGCUAUUGAGGAGUUUAUAAAGGGACCAGGGGAUCUUUCAUACAGGAGGCUCUCUAGAGUACUGCUCGAUUUGGACAUUCUAAUUCAGGACAACACUCGUUACUUUAAUGUUGAGGCGUUAAUUCCACCGGAUGACUAUGAAGAGAAUUUGCAGAGCACAUCGACCACUCCACUACUCCUUCCUACGCAUUACUCAAUUAGACCGGAAUAUCGCCUGAAUAUCACCAUUGGCAGAGUUAGGUAUGGCAAACACACUUUGGAGGAUAGAAUCGGAGGCUUGAUAGAGAGGACUGUCGUUUGGGGAGGGAGAGUCGGCGAUCCUACAAUCACCAUUACAUCAAUUUAUACCAACGGGUACAAAGUAAAGAGCACUUACCUGCUUACAAGUCAUGGGAAUAGCCAAUUCCACUGCUAUGAUGAGAGGAGAGAGUUUGUCAACUCACGACUGUAA